AUGCAACAAGGUAUAUUAAUGAAGUUCGCUUUAUUAUUUUGUUAUUUUAAUUCAUUAACAAAAACUGCAAGAGCCAUAUGUCCGACAAUAGAAGUAAAAAAUACCAUGACGCUAUCAGAAACAUGUAACCUCAAUGAUACAUUAAAAAUAACAAGUGAUUCACAAACACAAACUAUAUUCACCAUGGUUUAUACUUCGGUACUUAAUAUUGUUGGUGAGUUAAUAUGUGAACACAAUUCAAUUUUUGAAAUGGAAUAUGAUUCAACUCUUACUACAACAAUGGAUAUAAUUUUAAAAGACCAGUCGCAAUUCAAUUUGUUUGAUAAUGUUGAUUUUAAAGCUAAUAAUGUCAUUCAAUACAAUAAAUCAAUCUUUACCGUUUUUGCUCAUUAUAUUCCCCGAUUCGAUAUUAAUACCAUUUAUCUAUACAACAAUUCAACGUUUAAAAUAAAAACAUCUUUCCGAGAUUAUAAUCGUUUAAGAUUUAGAAUUUUUGACAAUGCUAUUUUUGAAAUGGAACAAAACACUGAAUUAUUUAAUUUAGGAGAUAUUGAAUUAAAUAAUAAUGGAAGUGUAAUACUUGAUUCAAUUCAUGACAUCUUUUAUUUAACUUCAUUUCAAAAUUCUUCUUUGUUUAUAAACCCCUAUGCUACAAUUGAUAGAAUACACGAAUUACAAUUUAAUCAAAAUGGCUUUUUUCAAAUGGGUGUUUUUUCAAAAAUAAAAAGUUUAGAUAAUCUGGAAUUAAGUUACAAUUCUGUAUUUAAUAUGUUAAACAACUCAACAAUUGAAGAAGUGGAUCGUUUUGAUUUUAAUGGGAACACAGUUUUUACUAUGUACAGUUAUUCAUCUGUAUUAAAAUUGAAUAAUUUGAUAUUGACUGGAAAUUCCAAAAUUAUAUUUUUAGAAAAUUCUCUUGUUAAUACCACACAAAACUUUGAAUUAAAUAGAAAUAGCAAUUUUCAAAUGUUUUUUGAAUCAAAAUUUGAUUUUGUAUCCAAUAUUAUCAUUAAAGAUUAUUCAACUUUUGUUAUGAUUUCAAGCGAAAUAACUCAAGUUCAAAACUAUAUUAAAAUAAGUGGCAGUGCGUUGUUUGUUAUGUACAACAAUUCAAUAAUAAGAAAUGUCACACUAAUUCAAAUCAACAAUAAAAAUAACAAAUUUGAAAUGAACAACAGUUCCUUUUUAAAUUCCUCCAAUUUUGAAAUCACAAACGGAACUUUUGUGUUAAAUAUAAAUGGCAGUAGAAACGGUGUUAACAGUACCAACUUUAUAUGUCGAAACAAUGGUACAUUUGAAGUAACAGACACUUCAUUUAUUACAAUUCAAGAUAAUUUGAUGUUGGAUUCGUGUAAUAUAAAAACAGCUGAUAGAACAAUCAGAGAUUUGCCAAUCUUUUUUACUUAUCAAAUUAAUUCAACCAAAUUUUCCUUUCAAAGUUUGUCAGAAGUCGAUUUAGCAUUUUCUGUAAAUCCAAUUCAAACAACAUUGCCACAAAACACAAAACUGCUCAUGGGUAAUCGUUUGUUAAGAAUAGGAACUUCAAACAAAGUGUUUUGCCAUUUGAAAACCAUAAAUGGUGAUUACAGUGAGCCAUACUGUCCUUGUGAUUCUAUUAAUUGUUAUAUCACACCACUCAAAAAUAUGACCAUUUUUAAUUUAAUCGUUGAUACAUCAAUAAAUACACAUCAAAAAUACGACGAAGUCGAAGAGGAACUUGACAUUGAAAGUGUUGCCAUUGGAAACAAAAAAGUCUCCUUUUUUAAGACAGACAACUUUACUCUUGGUGUAAAUUCACAAAUUGAUAAGUUAAUCACAAACAUUUCAUCUCUAACAAAAACUGUUCUUAUGGUUUCAAAUCAAAGUUUUGUAUUUCAAAAUGUUGUUUCAAAAGCAAUUUACUCAAGUGAAAAUGGUACCAAAUUUAUUAUAAAUCCAAUGUGUAAAAAUGGAAAUUAUUUCAACACAACAACACAACAAUGUGAUAAUUGUUUGGAUUCAAAUUGUAUUGACUGUUCUUACAAUUCAAAAAAAUGUUUAAGAUGUCAACAGGAAUAUUAUAUUACCAAUGACAGUAAAUGCAUUGAAAUACCGAACUGUUUGUUGAAACGAUCAAAUCGAUGUCUAAAAUGUUCAAAUGGGUAUUUACUUUCUGAAGGUUACUGUCAAAAUACAUCAUCUUGUUUGAUUCAAAAUUUAAAUGGUACAUGUCAAAUUUGCAGUUUAAAAACGUUUAAUUUUAACAACAUUAAAUGUGAAAUUGCCGAUGAACACUUGUUAUACACAAAUCAAAAUAAUAUAAUUGCUUGUAAAAGUGGGUAUAAAACAAAUUCCAACAAUUGUCAAAAGUGCUCGGAUCUCUACAAAUCAAGUGAAGUGUGUGAAAAUGGUCGUCCCACGAAAUGUGAAAUUGAAUUUGAAAUGAAUAAAUCUGGACAAUGCGAACACAAUAACUGUUCUGAACCAAAUGAUGAAAACGGAAGAUGUUCUAAAUUUUAUGACAACUGCACUUUCAUCACAAAUUCAAAGUGUUUAGCGUGUAAUAAUAGUUUAAUUUUAAACAAUACUAAAUGUCUUACAAAUGACGAUAUACAAUGCACAAACCAGAGUUUGGUUUCUUGUUUGCGAUGUAAAGACGCUUAUUAUUUUAAUUCAUCAUCCAACAGAUGUGAAAGAUGCGAUUCAAAUUGUUUGACUUGUGUCAUAACUCCGACUUAUUGUCUUUCAUGUCCACCAGGAUUUUACAUUUCAAAUAAUAUUUGCAAAACAAAUUCUGAAUUGGUGGGAAUUUGCACACAAUUUAUAUCAUCUGGUGGAUGUGCAAAAUGCGCUGAAGGUUAUUACAGAAAUGGGUUGGACUGUUAUAAAUGUGAUCUUUCAUGUUCAUUGUGUAAUACAAAUUUUACAUGUUUGACUUGUAAUUCAACGAAUUACAAAACAUGGAGUGGAGACUGUAAAUCACAAAGUAGUUUAAUAGGAUGUGAUGUGAAUGUCACACAAUAUGGAUGCACGCGAUGUAAAGAAGGGUAUUUUCAAGUCAAUACAAAUGAAUGUGAAAAGUGUGAAACAACGUGUCUAACAUGUUCGUCCCAAAGAAGUUGCGAAUCAUGCUUAUCAUCGAAGGUCUUACUUUCAAGUGGAAUAUGUGUGACACUUUCUCAGAUAACAAAGUGUAAAGAAAUAAUCAAUUCAAAAUGCAACAGAUGUUCAUUCUGGAAUGCACCAAGUUUAGAUGGAACUUAUUGUGAAAAGCGUGCUGUAUGGUGGGUCAUACUUGUUAUAGUUCUAUUUAUUUUAUUUGUACUAACGUUUCUUAUAAUAGUAUUGGUUUUUUCUGUGAAGAAUGUUUUGAAAAUGAUUCACACAAAGGAGUUAGAAAAAACAACAACUAUAUUCGAAAUGGAAAAAUCAAAUGUCAAAUUCAUUUCACUUGCAAACAACAUUUGCGUCUCUUCAAAAGAACUCAAUUUCAAUUCUGAAGUAGAAGAAAUUCCUGUCAACGCAGAAACAAAAAUUGUGUUUUGUGUUGGCAAUAUGUCCAAAGGCGUCUUGAAAAUUCAAUUCACCAUGACAACACAAAUCGACAAAUUUACGAUAAGAGCAACACCAGAAGUCGUCAUGUUAAAAAAGAAGUUUGCAUGUGAAUUUUCAAUAUAUUUGAAACCCAAAUGCACGUGUCGAAUAAAUAACACGAUUUGCAUAGUCUCAAAAAAUCUCAAAACAAACGUUGAAAAUAUAAAUGAAAUCAUAAUGAAAGGAGUAACGAGUCAAUCUACAAGAAUAGAUUAUGACGAGUUGCUUGAAGAAUCAAAAUUGGGUGAAGGAUCUUUUGGUGUUGUUUACAAAGGAAAAUACCGAGGAAAUGAGGUGGCCAUCAAGAAAAUGAAACAGACCGAAGACGGCAAAACUGAUAGUGGAGAUAAAUCAGAUGAUGAAUUUGAAAAAGAAGUUGCAAUGUUAGAUAAAUUUAGGUGUGAGUAUAUCAUCCAUUUCUAUGGAGCCGUGUUUAUACCAAAUAAAAUGUGUAUGGUCACCGAAUUUGCUUUGUUUGGUUCAUUACAAGAUUUAAUGAAACAUAAAAUUAGCAUAGAAAUUGAAAUGAAACUUCGAAUAAAAUUGAUGUUGGAUUCAAUAAGUGGAAUAAUUUAUUUACACACAAAUGGGAUAUUACACAGAGACAUCAAGCCAGACAACAUACUGGUUGUUUCAAUUGAUUUAAACAACAGUGUAAAUGCUAAACUGACUGAUUUUGGAAGUGCAAGAAAUGUCAAUAUGAUGAUGACUAACAUGACAUUCACAAAGGGAAUUGGUACACCAGUCUACAUGGCGCCCGAAGUGUUAAAACGAGAAAAAUAUAAAAAGAGUGCUGACGUAUACUCUUUGGCUAUAACCAUGUUCGAGUGUAUUUCAUGGAGUUAUGCGUAUUCUAAAGAUAAAUUCAAAUUUCCUUGGUCAAUUGCAGAGUUUGUGAUUAAAGGGUCACGAUUACCAAAGCCAGAUGAGAUGAAUCAAAACAUAUAUGAUAUUAUUAAUGGUUGUUGGGAUAAUGAACCUACAAAAAGAAGUUCUUUAGAAAACGUUAAAUAUGAGCUUGAAACUAUAUUUAAUCACAUUUAG